AUGCCCGCCGCACGCCGUCCAAAGGCCGAGGCAUCAGGCUCCGGCCCAGGCCCCGGCUCUGUUGCGCUCGCCGCCGCGCGUCGCAGCGCCUCGUCCAGCAGCAGCACCGCUCCCGCGCUCGACGCCACCUCCACCGUGCCGCUCCCGCUGCCCGUGCUGCUGCAGCAUCUGACGUCGCACCACACGCUGCGCCUCGCCGAGGCACUGCCCAUCGCCGGCGGCCUCGUGCGCGCCAAGCUGCAUGCGCCGCGCGAGCUGUGCGCGCUCAGUCCCAUGGCGCUGCAGGACGCCGGCAUUGCAAAGGACGACGAGGAGAAGCAGCGCCGCGUGUGUGCCGUCUUUGGGCGCGGCAAGGUGGCCAAGUCAAAGCUGCCCAAGCCGAUAGACGAUGCUACCCUCGCGCGCGAGUACGGCUCCACCUCGACGCUGGGCUCGGCAGAGGCAGAGCAGGGCCUGCAGCUCUCGUAUGACUUCGCGCCGGUGCUGGAUCCGGCGGAUCUGGAGACGCGGUAUAUCCACAUCAAUCGCGCUGUGGUGCUGUGCGCCUGGGCAGAGGUGCUGCUGGAACGGCUAGGCUUUGAGCGACGGGAGGCUCUGUCGCUAGCACACGCCUACAUUCAGCGCACAUCGGCCGCGCGAGCACGCACUCUAGGCCUGCCGCACGCCUCAUCAGCAGCAGCCGACGAAGUAGGCCCUUCGCAGCCGCACUUUGUCCUCAUGCGCGUCAAGCUGCCUCUCAUGAAGCUUGGCAAUGGCGAAUGGCGCGCCUUGAGUGAGGGAUCAGUCGUCUCGCCCGAUCGUGCCUUCAACUAUCUGCGCAAGUCCCUCUCGCAAAAUCUGCCACGCCUGUACGGCGCUCUGGUGCUGCUCGCCGACUCCUGGCUCGAGCCCGGCAAGACCGAUCUCGAAGGCAGUGACGCGAGCGCCGAGAUGCUACACGCCAGAGCCUGGAGCUUCUACUGUGACUUCCGUCCGGAGACGGGCGGCGAAUGGGGCAAGAAGGAGACGGUGCAUUUGGGAAAGGUGCUGGAGCUGCGAAAGGCUCAGCAGGAGCCGAAGGAGGAGAAGAAGGAGAGCAAGCUGGACCUCGAGGAGACGCUGCUCGACGAUUGGAUGGCGGACGACGAGGAGCUGGCGCAGGAGCUGAAGGAAGACCUGAGCGCGGCGGAGCCAGGGCUGUCAGCUGCCCAGGUCAAGCACGAGCGAGAGGCAGACGCCGCCGACGAUGACGCAGCGCAAGACGUCAAGCGCGUCAAGCUCGAGUAG